AUGGUUAAUUAUUCUCUUACUAGUGAACAACAACGUGAUGAAGUGCCGAAUACAUAUGGAUUUUUUGUUUCACCGAAUGAACUUGAAACAGAAGAAUCAGUAAAAGCAUCAGUAGCUCGUCGUCGUGAACAAAAAUGGCUUGAUAUGUUUGCACGAUGGUCUUCAUUUAUUGAAUCGCGUUUUGAUAAAGUAAAAACACGUUGUCGAAAAGGUAUACCACCAUCUGUACGUGGUCAAGGUUGGUAUCAUUUAUCAGCAGCUAAAUAUCGACAUGAAAAUGCAGAUAGAAAUUGUCCAACAGGAAGUGUAUUUAAUUUAUAUUUAACACAAACACCAGCUUUAAAUGUUCUUGAAGAUAUAAAAAAGGAUCUUGCUAGAUCUUUUCCAGAUCAUGAAAUGUUUAGAGAUAAUGGAUGCGGACAAGAAAGUUUAUUCGAUGUUCUUAAAGCAUAUGCUGUUCAUGAUCCAGCUGUUGGUUAUUGUCAAGCACAAGCACCAAUUGCUGCUAUUCUAUUAAUGCAUUUACCACCUGAACAAGCAUUUUGGGUAUUUGUUCAAAUUAAUGAAGAAUAUGUUAAAGGCUAUUUUAGUGAUGGAUUAAUGGCUGUUAAAGAAGACGCAUUAGCAACACAAUUACUUAUACAAAGAGUUUCACAAAGAGGUUAUCGUUUACUACGUAAACUUGAUGUUGAUCCAAUAUUAUAUACACUUGAUUGGUAUAUGACAUUAUUUUCUCGAACUUAUCGUGCACCACAAUUGUUUCGCAUAUGGGAUAUGUUUUUUUGUGAAGGUGUCAAAGUAUUAUUUCGUUUAGCUCUUGUUAUUGUACGUGAAACACUUGAUGUUGGUCCACCUGAUAUUGUAACUAAAGCACAUAAAUGUGAUAAUCCAAUGGAUCUUAUUGCACUUAUUAAACAAACAGCAAAAAGUUUACCAUUCGAUGUACUUUUAAUUAAAAUGGAUAAACUUCCAUUAACAGAUAUUGAUCUUGCACAAGCAUGUGGACAAGCAAGACAACAACUUAAUUCAGAUUUCAAUAUGACGCAUAAUCGAAAAACAUCAUCUCGAGCUCAAGCUAAUAAACAUAAAUAA